AUGCUGGAUAUUUGCCAUCUUGGGACGAAAUAUAGGGCUCACGCCCUAAUCGAUUCGGGCUCCGAGGCAACUUUUAUUUCCGAACGCCUAUUCAGGCUCCUCAAGCUGCCGUUCCGCCCAAUUAACGCCAAGGUCUCCGGUUUAAAUCAGACCGUUUCCGCCCAGUCGACCAGGCAGUGUCAUUUCGCGAUAAGUUCGCCCUCCAAACCCGGCCUGCAGCUAAAUACAGCAGCUUAUGUGCUGCCGGAAUUAGCAGGCAAUUUUCCAUCGUGUCCGAUUCCAAAAGACGAACUGUCUGGCUUGCCUAAUCUUCCUCUAGCAGACCCUACGUUCUCCGAAGUUUCCAAAAUAGCGGUACUGAUCGGAGCUGACAUUUUGCGAUCCGUGCUGCUAAGCGGCACAAGGACAAAUAUCUGCGGCUCUCUCCUCGGUCAGGAAACUAUUUUCGGUUGGGUGCUUACAGGCCCAGUGUCCAGCACACCAAACCAUGGCAGGGUCUCCGCGUUUACAACCCAGAUCAGCGAAACGGCAGAUAAAGAGCUAAAUAAGCUUUUGACAAAGUUUUGGGAGGUGGAAGAUCUACCAAUUAAAAUGGUAAAGGAGCCGGAUUCCUAUUGCGAAAGCAAUUUCCGUCGAACUACGACAAGGGACCAAAGCGGGAAAUACGUAAUAACAUUACCGUUUCGCGAUCCAGAGCAUUCUGGGUCCAGUUUGGGGUACUCGAGAUCCAUCGAAUUGGCUCAGUUUCUUCGAAAUGAAAAUAGAUUGAAAAGAGACUUUCCGUUAAAAGAGCAAUACGACUCCGUCAUUCAGGAGUAUCUGGAUCAAGACCACAUGAGGCAAGUACCUCCGACUCAGGACACUCCGUCCUACUACCUUCCACAUCAUGCGGUCAUUAAGUCCGAAAGUACCACUACAAAACUGCGAGUGGUAUUUAACGCAUCCAGCCCUUCAGCAAAUGGGACCAGUUUGAACGAUGUGCUUCACGCUGGCCCAGUCCUACAAUCGGAUCUAACGAUUCAGAUUUUGAAGUGGCGUUUUUUCCAGUACGUCUUUAGUGCCGACAUUACCAAAAUGUAUCGACAGAUCUGGGUUAAUCCGAAACAUACGCCUUUCCAGAGAAUUCUGUUCCGAAACAUGGAAGGAGAAUUACGCGACUACGAGUUGAGGUCAAUUGCGCCCCUUUUCUGGCGAUCCGAGUCCUCCAACAACUGGCAAGUGAUGUCGAAGUUCAGUUUCCAAGGGCUAGCCAUAUUAUUCGGCAGCACAUGUACGUCGACGAUGAAGUGGACAUCGAACCAUAAAGAGGUUCUCAAGGACAUUCCUAGCGUGCAUCGUCUCCACAAUGGCUUCCUUGAAAUCGAUGCUGACAGCUCCGCCCAGACGCUUGGAAUUCGAUGGGAAGCUACUUCCGACGAGUUCUUCUUUGUACCGCCGGUGAUCGGUAUAGAAUCGUCAUACACGAAGCGGGAAGUGCUCUCCCAGAUCGCCAAACUAUUCGACCCCGCAGGUUGGCUGGCGCCAUUCAUAGUGCGUUCCAAAAUGUUCAUGCAGGAGAUUUGGCUGCAAGAAUUGGGCUGGGAUGAAAAGCUUCCCAACGAGAUGAGCCAAAAGUGGCAAGAGUUUUUGCGCAGCUAUUCCGAUCUUAACAAGAUCCGCAUACCGCGAUGGAAUGGCUACAAUUCCGAUGUGAGAAUCGAGCAUCACGGGUUCUGCGACGCUUCCCAAAAGGCUUGUCGGCUGUCUCGCCUCUUAGUCGAGUUCAUCCACCAGAUUUCGCUUCAUGGCGGCAAUCAGUUGAUGAUACGCCUAAUCCGAGCGAAAUAUUGGGUUCCAAAGCUUAAGAAUCUAGUAAAGGCGGCAGGGAGUUCUUGCAAGGUGUGCAUCAUCCUCAAGAAAAGGCUGCAGUCGCAACUGAUAGGCGAUCUUCCGACAGACCGCGUCUCCUUCAUGAGGCCUUUUACCUACACCGGCAUUGAGAACGAGCAGCAGCAUUGCUAUCCCGUUAUUUCCUGCAAGCGGUCAAGGAGUCUGCGAUGGGUACAUACGGCCAUCAAGGGCUUCUAUGGCGUUUCAUUCCGCCAGGCGCACCGCAUAUGGGAGGCUUGUGGGAAGCGGGUGUGA